AUGUCCGCAACGUGGACAAAUCAGAAUCCCAGCGGUGUCUGGCACGGUAUAUACUCGCGAGAGAAUCAUGCCCCUGUGUCGGUCGAAUAUCUUGGUUCGGGGGCAGUCGACAUGAGCAAAUUCUACGAGACACCGGACGGGCUGUCGCGGACCAGCAUGGCUAGCGAUCAUUGCCAAAUACCUGGCAAGACGUCAAGUUUCAGCAACUAUCACCCUGAACUUGUUCAUUUCUCGCCAGAAUUCCCCCGGGGACAUCAACCAUGGACGACAUCCAACAGCCUACAACAGUCGGUAGGGUUCGGCAACGAAUGGACGCCAUUUACAAAUUAUCAACUGCAUCAUCACCAUCAACAAGUCAAAGUCGACGACUCCUUCGAAGAAGCAAGCCCUUAUUCCUCGCAGAUGGUGAAAUACCGCUCGUCGCCAGACGUGAUCCAUCAUCUGGUAGAACCCUUCAACGCGAGCAGCGGGAGAUGUAGAGAAAUCGACCUGCCGAUGGACCGAGAUCAUCAUCAUCAGAACGACUGGGUGGACGACUGUCUGAUUGCGUAUCCGCGAGACGCAGCCGGAUAUGGUCUGCCGAUGGUCGCAGACACACCGUCGUCCUCGUCAAUCAAUGCACAUGGAUAUUUCAUCCGGACAAGCGCCCUCGCCGUGGACGCACAGCAGCAGCAGCAGCAGCAGCAGCAGCGACUGGACAUCAAUCCGAUCAUCAUCAGUAGAAACAGCCACGACGACGCAAUCACACGGAAUCGAGCAAGGAACACAAAGACAGAGACCCAACAAAAAACCUCCAAGAAAACCAAAUCCUCCAAAUCCUCCAACAAACCUUCUUCAAAAACAACCUCCCGCACAACCGCCCGCGACCUCUUCCUCCUCGAAUGCAAACGAAGAGGGAUGUCCUACAAAGAAAUCAAAAAAAUCGGCCGAUUCGAAGAAGCCGAGUCGACGUUACGUGGACGCUUCCGGACGCUGACGAAGAGUAAGGAGCAGCGGGUGAGGAAGCCGAAGUGGGAGGAUGGGGAUAUCCACCUCCUCUGCGAAGCCGUUCGCGUGUUAUCAUCAUCAUCAUCAUCAACAACAUCAUCAACGAUAACAUCAUCAACGACGACUACGUCGUCAAGCGAAGAAAACGAAGGCUCAGGAGCAGGACAAAUCCCCCUCCUCCGCCUGAGGAAAAUCUCAUGGAAGCGCGUAGCGGAAUACAUCUGGCAGCACGGAGGGUCGUAUCAUUUCGGGAAUGCGACGUUUUUUGUUUUCUUUUGUUUGAUGAGUGAGGAAUGA